GAGGAGGUGGGCGUUUGGAAGCGCGGCGUCUGCAGCAUAAUUAAAACAUGGCGGACUCGGAGGAAUUUAGACUUAAACGAUUGAAGUUGGAUAUCAAUACUGCAGGACUUACAACUGAGAACAGAAGGCCCACAAGCAGACCAACAAAGACCAGGAGCAGAGUCAACCCCAUAAUUCAUGAGGAGCGCAUGUCCAGAGUGUUUGAUGAAGUGAUGGGCCUGGGGGAAUUUGCUGACUCCUCCAGAGGCUCUGCCACCUCUUCCAAGAGCGGCGGUCAGGACGAGGCAAAGGAAGUGGACGAAACUUUAGGACAUGAAGAACAACAACCGAUUGAAGAAGAGGAUAGCAACAGCAGCAGACAAGAGGAAAAGAUGGAUGAGGUGGUGGAAGACUCUACCUUUCCUCGUAUUGCUUCCUCUUCCUCUGACCAACACAACUCGUUUAACAUGGGAUCCAACGAAGGAGGAGGUGGAGGAAGUGGGGGUGCAGCGUUUGAUGAUGCACUGGAUGGUCUUCCUUCAUACGGACAAGAAGAAGAAGAGGAAGACUGGCAUUUUGCCCUGCCAAUGGGCACCUUGGAGGAUGUGGAUGUGAGUAAGGCCAACAGAAAAAUAAGCCAACCGGCAAAGGAGAACAGUGAAGUUCCAGGUGAUUCCUUUGCCCGUGAGCCCAGAGAGGAGGAGGAGGAGGAGGAGGAAGAGCAAGAGCAAGAGCAAGAGCAAGAGAGGGAGGGGAGCAAUGCUUCUGCCAACACCUCCCACUCCUCACAGGACCACACCCCGGAGAACAGCAGAGAAUGGGAAGAGGAGGAGAGCAAACAAGAAGAACAGCAAAAGCAACGACAUAAAAAUGUAACAUCGGACGAACUCGACAAGCUUGAAGACGAGAAAGAAGAAGAGAACACGAAGAAAGUAACAAAAUGGGCAGUCACAAUUUUAAGAGAUUUUCUAAAGGAGAAGGGAAGAAAUACUGAUCUAGAUUUGUCAGCCACUGAGCUCAACAGCAUUUUGAGAGAAUUUUACGCUUCCGUGCAGUCUCAAGAAGGGAAACACUACAGUGUAGCCAGUUUGAUGUCCAUGAGAGCUGCUCUUAACCGCUUUUUCCGUCACUUCAACAUCAUUGCCGACUCUGAUUUUCAAACGAGUAACGCUGUGCUCAAAUCUGUAAUAAAGCGUUACAGAAAGUCAGAGAACGACAAGAGCAGCCACCAUCCUAAAAUAAGUGAGAGCGACAUCCAAAUUAUUACAGCAUCCAAUGCCCUCUCCUGUGAUACACCCGCUGGACUAGUGCGCAAAGUUUGGUGGGACAUUCAGCUGUGCUUCGCCAAGAAAGGCCGUGAAGGAAACAGACAGCUGUCCAAAUCAUCAUUUGUCCUCCUUCGAGAUGACGACGGCAUCGAGUAUGUUUCUUUGGCCCAUAAUCCACACACCAAAAACCACGCCAACCCCAAUGAAGCUCAGAAGGAAAACCCACGUGGAUUUAUGUUCGCGAAGCCUGGAGAUCCUUUGUGUCCGGUGACCAGCUUUAAAAAGUAUGUGUCCAAAUGCCCAAAUGACGCUACAGCCUUUUACCUGCAUCCAAAGCGCAUCCGAGACCCACAAGCGGAGGACAUCUGGUACGCCAAAGAGCCAAUGGGGGUACAUUUCUUGGGCAACAUGUUGAAAAAGAUUUGUGAAGAGGUCCGCCUUACUGCCCCCCUCUCACGCAUUUACACCAACUACAGCAUCAGGAGCACAGCGGUUACGGGGCAUCGCUGUGAAACCAGCUUGCGCUCCUGUUUGGCACCAUCAACAGAAGACAGAAAAAAUGGGAGCAGCACGACUCAAGAGGAGUCCACAAACCCGCACAGGCCUCAGAUGAAGAACUCCGACAAAGAGAACGCGCCAGUGUCACUUAAUAAAUAUGAAGGUGUCCUGAAUCAGACAGAAGAAACUGAAGACAGCCAACAGGGAGAGACUUCAGAGGCUGCUCCAAUGGAGGACAGUAAUCCCCCGACGUCUCCCAGUGUCAACAUUAAAGACGAGCCUAUUGAUGAGGGCUACGAUGCUGCUUUACUGCCUCAGAGCUCCAUCAGACAGAUCAAAGAAGAGCUGGAGCAUCAGGAGGAAGAGCUGAGGAUCAGCUCCGUCUACUCCGUGGGUGGAGGGAACACCUUCGCAGCCCCUACAAUGCCUGCAGCAAUCCCAGCCCCAACUCCAACGGCCAUCUUCAUUCCUGGUAGAGGAGCUGUCUUACAAGCUAUGACUCCCCUCCCUCUCAGACCACCAGUUCCAGUCCCAACUUCAGUGUCAGCUCUGGCGCCCAUACCUCCACGUCCACCACAGCCCCCCGUUCCUGGUAGUGUUCGCUGCAGCGGCUGCUCUAAGGUUCUGCUGAAAGGCCAAACAGCAUUCCAAAGAAAAGGGUCAACGCAGCUCUUCUGCUCCACAGUCUGUCUGACGGGCCAUUUGCCUCCAGCCAACAAGAACCGAUCCUGUUUCCAGUGCAACAGGGAGAUCCUACAGCCCAGGGACAUGAUCACAAUUCCAGCAGAUGACAACACCUUAAUGCACUUUUGUGGCCAGUUCUGUCUGUCUGUGUUUCGACACAAGAAGAAACAGGUUGACAAGGUUCCUGACAAACGACAGGAGAAAAAGCCUGAGAAGCCGCCCGAGAAACCAGUGGAGCGCCAGCCGGAAAAGCCCUUCUGUAGUGUCUGCAGAGUCACCAACAGGAUUGAGCACGAGGUCAACCAUCAAGGCCGCCUGCACAGACUCUGCAGCGAUGCUUGUUUUGUUACCUGGCGAAAGAUGCGUCAGUUAGCUAUGAACUGCUGUGAAGGCUGUGGACUUUACUGUAAUAGCAACUCAGGUUCCUGUCAGACGCUCACAAUUGACAGAUCUCAGCUCAACUUCUGUGGUCCUACCUGCAUAGGCACCUACAAACAGACCUGCAGAAAGACAGUCGAGUGUGCCAACUGUCACAUAAUCGCGAUCGUGUCCACCACCAUCAUGGAACGAGACAUGAAGGGCAAAGUUCAGCUUUACUGUUCCCCUACUUGUGUGGAACAGAGCCGGCCACCCCAACAUAUUCUCACUGGUACUCCAUUCCCAUGCUCCCUGUGUAAAGUUUCAGCCGUUCCCCAGUAUCAUCUGGCCAUGGUGGACGGGACAAUACGUAACUUCUGCUCCUAUACCUGUGUGUCUAUAUACAGGAAGUCUGGUCACACCUCUCCACCAGACCUGACCAAUGGAACCUCCUCUCUCAGGGACGCCUCCAUCAGAGACGCACCCAGAGCGGGGCCCUCUGCCGGAGCCAGCUCAGUCCCACCCAUCCCUCAGGACUACCCAUCUUCAGUCCCCUACCCAGGCCAUCAUCCCAGUCAUACGUCAGUGCCACCUCUCGUGACUCCCUACCAAGCCAUGUCCUCCCCUUCUGUCCCUGGACAAGCCCAGGCCAAACCACCCCCUGGUCAGCCCCAGAAACCAGCUGACUGCGAGCUCGGUGACAUCUCCAAACUGACCUGCCAUCAGUGCAGCAAACAGUUCAACAGCAAGCCACUGCUAUUCAGUCACCAAGGUCGUAUUUCUGUGUUCUGCAGUAAGACGUGCUGUGAACAGUAUAAAACCCAGAAAAACAUCCUUGCGCUGUGCGAGUACUGUAAACAGCCAAAGGUACUCUUUGAAACCAUCAACUACAACCAGCAGGACGUGAUCUUCUGCAGUGAAAACUGUAAGGCCCUCUUCAAACAAGACCUGACGUUUCGUAACAAGGAUCAUCCCUGGCAUCCCUGCACUUACUGCUCAGGCAUCAGCCAGAAGAUGUUGCACAGCCACUAUGGAGGCAAGAUGGAGGAGUUCUGUAAACCUCACUGCAUGUCCCAGUACACUGUACUAUACUAUGGGAUGGGUCGAUGCGACAGUUGUAGGAAACAGGGCUACAUGAGUGAGAAGCUGCAGUGUUUGGGUUCUGUCCGUAACUUCUGCAACCUGCCCUGCCUGCUGCAGUACUGCUACCUUCAUUUUGAGACAAACCAACACAGCAGCAGUAAUGGUACUGGAACGGCCCCACAAACACCAUAUGCUCCAACCCAGCCACACCACUCCUCUAAGAUGAAUCCUGUCAUAGCCGAUGUCGUCUCAUUGGCCAAUGGCUCUGCCACUCAGCCCAGUGGGUCAGCAGAUACUGCUCUGACUGGAGCUCUUCCAACCUCCAAUGUAGAUGGCAAGCACCUCGACCAUGCCAGUACUCAGACUGAUGCCAUGCGUGUUCCUGCAUCCCGUCGGCGUCAAAUGAAAAACAAGUCAGUUCUGUGCCGACCCUUCACCAUGGACCAAGAAAUCACAUGCCAGAUGCCCACACCUUCUACUGAAUCAGGAGCAGGAGAGGAGAAAGUGAAGGUGCGCUUGGUUACAAUCCCAGUACCGGUCUUCAUUCCAGUGCCUAUGAACAUGUACUCCCAGCACACGCCAGUUCCAGUGGCCAUGCCCAUCCCUUUUCCUGUACCCAUUGUAGUGCUGCCACAGAGCAAGGAGAUGAAAGAUGCAGCUGUCCAAUCAGAGACUUUUGCUGUGACAGAUGAAAAACAGAGAGAUGAGUGUGUUCCUAGUGCAGACCUGAGGAGUUCUCAUAGUGGACACGUUAUGUCUGAAUCAGUUGCUCCCACAAUCUGUGACGAUGAGACAGAAAAAGCCAUACAAGCUGACGUCCCCUCUUACUGCUCAGCUGAUCUCCAGAUUACUACCCAGCCAGAGACGAGCAAAACGAUAAGUGACCCUCCUACCGCCAGCACCGUAGAUCAACCUCCCUCCUCCCCAAUGAUGGACUUGGAAAGUGACUUCCCGUCUGAAUCGCUGGGUCAGAAGUCGCCUGCUCGAAAGCGAGGAGUGAAAAGAUCCAGAGAUGGUUCCUCCAGCCGCAAGCGGAGUCGUAGACGAACUGGCUCAGCGGAACAGGGUGCAGUGGUGAAUGCAGCUGCCUCCAAACUGAACCACCUGUACGGAGUUAAAGCCUGGAGGUUCUGGGUCCAACAACGCAACCAGCACCCACAAGAACCCAGUACAGUGGAUGUUAAAGAAGACAUCCUUGAGUGCAACUCUGCUGAGCUGAACUUUGCUCUGUCUCGCUUUGUCAAAGAAGUGCGACGGCCAAACGGAGAGGCCUACAGCCCUGAUAGCAUCUUCUACCUGUGUCUGGGGAUACAACAGUAUUUGUUCAUCAAGGGCCGAAUAGAGAACAUCUUUACUGACAAGCUGUACUGUCAGUUUGCCACCGAGAUCACUGAGAUGCUUCGACUCUGGAAACCUAAGCUACUACCAAGUGGUCAUGCGGUUUCCUCCCGUGUCGAGGAGUCCUACCUGUGGGAGUGUAAGCAGCUGGGCGCGUACUCUCCUAUAGUUUUGCUCAACACGCUGCUCUUCUUCUGCACCAAAAACUUCCGCUUCACCACCCUGGAGCAGCACCAGUUCCUGUCAUUUUCAAAUUUAAUUCGACACACCAAAUCCAGCAGUCGAACCAGCAAAGUUCUCUACCUCCAGUUCCAGAGAAGCAGCACUGCUACACCCAACCAGGAAGAGACAGAGCAAGUCAGAAAAAGGCAGGCGGAGAACGAGGGAGACCUGGAGAUGAUAGAAAACGUCACCAACCCUCUGCAAUGUCCUGUCCGACUCUAUGAGUUCUACCUCUCUAGAUGCCCAGAGUCUGUGAAGAAAACGGCCAAUUUUUUUUACCUCCAACCUGAACAGAAUGUCAACACACACAGUUCCCACUGGUUCACUUCUCAACCAUUGGACAGCACCACUCUACAGAGCAUGCUCACUCGCAUCUUGGCUGUCAGAGAGGUUCAGCAGCAGGGAGCAGCCCAGCCACAGUCUUCAGCCGCCCCCGAGGCUGACGGCUUACAGUGAUGCUGAUUUUACAGUGAAUUAAAACUGUACGUACCCUCAUUAGUCAUUUUAGACUGAGGCUGACAUUUCUUUGAAACAGAACAAACAGAAACACAAAGAACAGAGACUUUGUCACGGAGAGACAACCCUACAGAGGUCAUUGUGUCGCGUUACCUCAGUCACCAUCCUCUCCUCACAGAAAUGCACAAUGAGUUUAUGAACAUCUGAUAUUGUUAGACUGGGAAAAGGGAAUGUAAAAGAGCACAUUGUGAACCCAGUUUUGUUUAUUUACUCGCAGUAACGGUCAAUGUCAAGCCUGUCAGAUGAGCUUUUCAUUUCAGACACACACUCCCACCAUGCUAGACUGGCAUCAGCAGCAAACUACAGAGCAGUUACACCCUUCUGACUGUCAUAUCUGUUCAUAAAGGAGUCCAAAUGUAUCGUUUUGUUACAGUCGCCCCCUUUUUGCUUCAGCACUUUUAGCGGAGAGUAUCGGCUUGUCAGAAUUUUAAAAGCUGAUUUGAGUACUUCAGGGUUGAAGCUGCUUUCAGGACAUAUCUUGUUCACCAAAACCUAAGAGAAUGACAUUUUGAGUGAAUGUGAUUCAGCAUUUAUGUGUUGUGUUCACACAUAUCUGCAGAAAAGUUGGUUAAAAAGUCACUCAGUUCGAGUAGAAAAUGUAGUUUUGAGAAGUGAUAUUACACUAAGACUGCAUCAUACUCAUAAUACAUAGUGUAUGUGGGCAACACUGACUGGGUGACAUUUGAUUAAAAGCCAACUUUAAUAUGUAUCAGUAUGACCCUUCUUGUAAUGAAAGAGAAAACUCACAGUGCCUCUCAUCUGUUGUUUUACUUUAAUCUAGUUUUCAAGAUGUUAUGUUGUUCCCAUUUUAUAUUGCUGAUCCCGUGUGGCCUUUUUUCUUUGACCUUCCCUUUUCCCUCCCUCUUGUCCAUCACGUUUUGACCUCUCACUAAAAGCGAAAGAGUCGCUCACUACCAGCAUAUAAUCUGCUCAACUCUAAACCCCGUGGCUGUGUUCCUUCGCAGACCACCUUUACUGAUUUUAGAAUAUUUGGAAAAACAAGGUUACUGUUUUUAUUACAGUUACAUGUGACCUCUGCUCCCCGUAUGCUUUCAGUGUAUAUACUCCAAUAUCUCUAAACCUGUUUCUCCUAUUUCUAACAGUGCCAUUAUCCUCUCUUUUGAAACAUUAUCCCAACUUUUUAUUUGUUU